GGGCAGGAACCGACGCAGUCAACAGCAGUCAGCUGACCCCGUUACCUGACGAACCAGUUGACUGCACACGAGGAGUAAAGAAAUUACACCAUGCUGCCUGAUAAAGAUGGUCCAGGUGUUGGGGGCGGACAGAGCUCUCCUGAGGGAGAGGACCCCUCUGUGAGUCUGUUCAGAGACUACCUCCGUCUCAAAACCGUCCACCCAGAGCCUGACUAUGAUGCUGCUCUCCGGUUCCUGGACAGAAUAGCAGAAGAACUCCAGCUGCCCAUGAAAAAGAUUGAGGUUUGUCCAGGCAGAGUUGUGUCGAUCAUGACGUGGGAAGGGACGAACCCGAGCUUGAAAUCCAUCUUACUGAAUUCCCACACAGAUGUUGUACCUGUGUUCCAGGAACAUUGGAAAUACGAUGCUUUCAGUGCUUUCAAAGAUGCAGAGGGCAACAUUUAUGCCCGGGGAUCACAGGACAUGAAAUGUGUAACUAUACAGUACAUCCAGGCAGUCAGAAGACUGAAGGCAGAGGGAUGGAAACCAAUGCGCACUGUCCACUUAAUGUUUGUCCCUGAUGAAGAAGUUGGAGGUCACAAGGGAAUGGAAACAUUUGUGAAGCACCCAGAGUUCCAAAAAUUAAACAUUGGCUUUGCCCUCGAUGAAGGUCUGGCUAACCCUGGUGAGCCGUUCACUGUGUUUUAUGGAGAAAGGAACCCCUGGUGGAUCACGGUCCACUGCCCAGGUAGUCCAGGCCAUGGGUCAAGGUUUGUGGAGAACACAGCUGCUGAGAAGCUGCGCCAAGUCAUAAACUCAUUCCUGGACUUCAGAGAGAAGGAGAAGCACAGACUUAACACCAGUGAGUGUUUCACGCUCGGUGAUGUCACCACAGUGAAUAUGACCAUGGUCAAAGGAGGCGUGGCCUACAACGUCAUCCCAGCUGAAAUGGACGUCAGCUUUGACCUGAGAAUACCACCUACAGUAAAUCUACAGGAGUUUGAAAGACAGAUCAAACAAUGGUGUAAGGAAGCAGGAGAAGAUGUCACCUACGAAUUUGCUCAGAAACACAUGAAUCAGAAUGUCACAUCGACAGAGGAGAAUGAUCCUUGGUGGAGCACCUUCAGUGCAGCCUGCAAGGCGAUGAAUAUGACUCUGGAAAAAGAGAUAUUUCCAGCUGCCACAGAUAGCCGUUUCAUCCGAGCGGUGGGUAUCCCUGCCAUCGGCUUUUCCCCAAUGAACCGGACACCAAUCCUGCUGCACGAUCACAACGAGUACCUGAAUGAGCAAGUCUUCCUGAAAGGCAUCAGCGUGUACGAGAGGCUCAUCCCGGCUCUUGCCAGCGUUCCUGCCUUUCCUGAUGAGGCUUAGACAAGCCCGUGUUUUUAAUCCUCUCUAAAACAUAUUUCACCGAAGAUCUGAAUAUUUAACUUGAAAUUUUUGCUGAGAUUACCAAAGAAUAACGAUAUCAUUAAGCCAAACUGAGCACUUAGCCUUUGGUACUAUUGAUCUUUUUGUUUUUUUAUGAUUCUCAGGAUAUAGGCGCAGUAAGCUUUGCAUUACUCAGUAUUGCAGCAGUUUUUUAAACAACAUAAUAUGUCACCAUUGUUGAUUGAGUGUGCCUGUGUGUAUGCAGUCUUGAAGAAAUAUCACAUGUAGUGUUAACCAUGUUUUCCAUAAGAAAGCAUCAGUUGACUAAAAUGUGAAGAUGACUUUGAUUGAUAAACUCUUAGAUCAAAUGUCAGUUAAAAGCCACUUUUUAAAUUUAGCUCGAUUUUAAAACUAUAGAGAUAGACUUUUAUUUAAUAAACUAGAAUUGAAUAAAUAUAUUUGUUCAUUA